AUGAAGAGCGGCAUGGUUCUCCUGGCCUUCCCGGACGCCAUCCCGCGAGCUACCACGCUGCGCCCGUUGGGCUUCAAGGCCAGGGACGUGACCCCGCGGACGGCGGACUUCUGGCGGCGGACAUUAACCCCAGUCAUUGCUGGCCUACCCCACGAACUCGAGGCCCAGUACAACGCAAACGGGCGGACGAAGCGCUCGAGAGCCCCGAACCAGUUCCUCGUCCUCCUCCUCAACGUUCUUUUCGCCAAUGCUAUCCAGGCCUGCGCCUUCUUCCUCGACAUCAUCUGGUUGGUGGAGGACAAUAUCACCGACGACUCGGCCGCGUGCUGGGCCCAGGGGUGGUUCAUCUCCACGGGCGACCUGGCGUCCACUGCUUUUGUGGCUUUCAUCGCGGCCCACACCUACCUCACACUUGUGAGAGGCCGCGAGGUCUCAUUCAGGGCGUUCUAUAGCACAAUUGCUUUCUUGUGGUUCUUUGUUCUAUUUAUGUCUUUCCUCGGGGUCAUCAUCACCAACAACGGAGCUGACAAGGGCGGCUUCUAUGUCCGCGACAUCACCUGGUGUUGGAUCAACUCAGAAUACGAGGCUAUGCGGAUGUAUUUGCAUUACGCCUGGAUGCUGAUCUUGAUCAUCACGGGAACUGUCUCUUAUGUCUUGGUCUUUAUCCACAUCCAUCGUGCAGACAAGGCAUUGCGAUGCGCCAAGAAGGCAGCAGCCGUGGCGGAAGAGGCCUCAUACGAUGGUAUUCUCAGUCCUGCAAGUCUGCCAGCGGUGAUUUCACAGCACAACCAAAAAACAGAGGUGCACAAACGCAUCCUGUUCUUGUUCUAUCCAAUCGUCUUCCUCCUGUGUACGGCGCCGCUGGCUCUCGGACGUCUCCUGAGCAGUGGAGGCAUCAAGCUCUCGCAAGACUACAUCACCUUUGCCGGCUGCAUGAUCACCUCGAACGGGUGGAUCGACGUCCUCAUCUUCUCGACGACGCGAAGCGGCCUCCUAUUCGAUGCGCCCGUCGACGAGCAGAAUGUCGGCCUCGACACAUUUAGCUUCAUGCCGCUGGGCCAGCAGUUUGGUCACAGGGUCUGGAUCGAGGGCGGAGCUUCGAAAGCCCACCCCCAUCACCGCAAGCCGAGCGUAUUCCGGAAAUCGUCUCGCCGCGCGAGGUUGGGCUCCGAGGCGAGCCACGACCGCAGCGAGAGCCAGACGUCGUUGCAAGACCGGGAUGUGUCUGGCCUCAAGGGCAUUCAGAUGGAGACCGUCACUCGGAUCUUUGUCGAAGAGGUGGGUCCCUCGAAGAGCAAGGAGUACGUCAACCGAACGCUGAACUCGAUGCCCUCCGACGAGAGCUUUGGACAGCGCGUGCAGCAGAGCACAGAUUCAUACAAACAGAUUAGGGCGUAUUUCGACAAAGAGACAAUCACAGUAUACCAAGCCUACAACUCCACGAUCGCAGAGACAGCCGUCGCAUCUCAGAAACUCGACGCGUCUCCAAACUUCAAGCUUACCCGCAUGACUUGGAUCAAGCCGAGUUGGGCGUGGAUGCUCUACCGCGCAGGCUAUUCAUACAAAGACCGCGGCCAGGAGCGCAUUCUGGCGCUCAAGAUGACCCAUGGCGGCUUCGUCGAACUUCUUCGCCAGGGUGCUCUGACACACGGCGGCGGCGAUUUGGAUAAAGGCGAUGGGCGGGUGCGCGUCCAAUGGGACCCUGAACGCGAUGUGCGGUUGGAGAAGCUUCCGUAUCGUAGUAUUCAGAUUGGGAUUCCUGCUAGCGUCUGUGAAAAUUGGGUUGCCGAGGGGAUUAUUGGUAUUGAGGAUGUGACGGGUAGGGCGCGAGAAUUGAAAAGAGUCUUGGACAAGCAGCCUGGCAUUAGGGACGAUGAGCUGGUUGAGCUGGGCUUGCUCCGUAAGUUCAACUUCAGUAAUAAGCUAUGGGUUGUGAGAAGCUAUGGCAUCCCCGAGCUGAAACUGAGGGGAUACUUCAAGGCUUCUGCUAUCGAGCAGUCGCGCUCCGGUCUUUCCGCCGGAUGGUGGGACCGGCUCACCGGACUUUAG